UGUUCUCACCCUCCAGAGCCCAUCCCAUCAAACAGGCCAGACCGCUGGCUGUGGUGCCGACCAAGGACGCUGCCAUCCUGCCUUUGCCCUGGACGCCAUGGAGCUGAGACCUGACACCAGCCACAAGGAGAAUGUGCCCCUCAGGCCUGCAAGCCCCCUGAGGCCAGGCAAGGGGCUCAGUGGGUCUGAGUGGGAGGUGGCAGGAGCAGGGUGCCCUCUAGGUAGUGGCCCAGAGCUGCUUUCCCCUCAGCCACGCGGACUCCUGAAGAGCCUGAGUGUCAGCCUGGGCAGUGGACAUGGCAGGUGCCAGGCCAAGAGGGGAGGGCCUGCCGCCACACCCUCCCCAGGGACAGUGCUCUGCCAGGACCCCUGCCGAGUCCAGACCAACCUGGCCAGCCCUGGCCCCGGCCUGGGCCUUGCUCUGAAGGACACGACUGGCCGGCUGAUCAACUCAAGCUUCCGGCAGCAGAGCAACCUGCAGCCCCUGGCUGGGAGGCCCCACAGGAAAGCCCCAGAGUUUGCCGUCCAGCAGAGUAACCUGAGCAUAAGGGAGACCAGCUCGGCCAAGUGUGGAAGUCAUGCCAGCCCCCAUCUCUGGUCGGAGCCUCAGGAAAGCUUCCGGCCCCACAUGAUGGCCCAGGGAAGCCCCCUACCCCGAGGACCACUGGCUCACCCACCCUCCAGCCUAAGGCAGUCCUGGUGGCUGGCCUCAGACACCCCCUGCCAGGGCUUCAGGCCAGCUGCAGGCUGUGUCCUUCUCAGUGGUUGCACAUGGCCAGGCCCCAGAUCCUGGGGUGGCCUGGGGAGCUGGACCUCCAGGCUCACGGGGGAACCCCUCACCCUGGAGGACCUGGCUGUCCCUGUGCAGAGCCAGGCUCAGGCCCCAUCCCAGGCUGCUGUCUGCCAGCUGUUGGCCUCCGUGCGGCGCCUGGAGCACAAGGCAGCCCGUCUCGGGUGCCGGGCAUCCCAGGAACCCUCGGGCCCUUGCCGUGGCCGGGCACUCGCUGCUUGCCCCCAGCCCGGCCUGCCUGUUCUUGCUUCCCGGGAUAAGAGGAAGAAAUACCCUCGAGGUCUCAGGGAAACCGAGGAUUCCCCAGAGACCCCAGGGGCCCAGGCUGGUCUCUCAGACUCUCAGGCAAGCAGUAAGCCUGCAUCGCCGGAGCCCACGUUGGGGAUGCUGACUGGGGACGUCCUGGAUCCUGAGCAGGGCGUCCUCCCUGCCCACCCCCCAGGAUGGGGAGGGAACUGCUCCCCAGAGACUGCAUUCAGCAGCGGGUGGAGGGGGGAGCCCCUGCUUCCUCGAGGGGCUGGCAGCAGAGGGGCCAGACUCUGCUCUUCAGCCUUCUCCCACGCCGCCUGGGGCGUCCUCCCUGGGCGGGAAGGAGGGGAGGGGGCCCCGAGGGAGCAGGUCAGCAGGAAGGAGGAGAGGACGGCUUCCAGUCCCCCAGACACGGCCCCGGCGAGGGGUGCCCGGCAGGUGAGGCCAGAGGAGUCUGGGAGCAAAGUUGGGGGGCUCCAGGGGGCCCCACUACCUCCUCCCAGAAAUUCUCACUCCAAGCUGGUUGUCACUACGCUGUCACACCCCCUUCCCCAGAAAGGGAGGCCCUGGGCGGGCAGGCUCAGCAGGGCGCGUCCUGUCCUGCUUCCUUCCUGGUCUGAGCGCUGGGUCGCGCCCUUAGAUUUCCAAGAGCAGAGCCAGAAACGCUGUGAGCCUGGAACUCCUAAGGCCGCCCUGUACUCUCAGCAGUCAGUUGGGGCAUGCUCCUGCCUAGGGGCUCUCUUGUCCGGGAUUUCGAGGCUAGCCAUCAAUAGAGGGAUGUCUUUCCAGUCUGCAGCUAGUCCUUCUGCUGCAGUGCGGAGCAUCACUCCUGUCAUUGCUGGAAAGGCAACAUGGGUGGUGCCCAGCCCCCAGCUGCUCCCUGGGGCUGAGGGGCUGGGCCCACCCCCUGAUCAGCCCUGGUCCCUCCCCAGCUGGCAGCUGCUGUCCAGAUGUUUCAGAGCCUGGAGGGGCGUGGUGCGGAGGCGGCAGGCAGUGGCGGCGGCGGUGGCACUGGGCCGCCGGCAGCUGUUGCGUAGGGGCCUGCGAGCGCUGCGGUCGGCACUGUGGCUCCGGGAGGCCCAGCUGGAGGUGGCGUGGGGACGACACACACAGGCCCUGCUGGCCCGGAGCUUCCAAAAGUGGAGAAACCUGACUCAGCAGGAGAAACGGGGGCAGCCCCACGUCCAGGCUGGGCCAGGACCCCCAUCCUCUGAGGGAGGCCAGGGCCGAGGUCUCUCGGGAAGGAAGCCAGCCGUGGACCCCGCCCCAAGAAGCAGCCCAGGAAGUCUGAGGGAAGAGGCAGGAGCCUGGUCAAUUCCACUGCGUUCUGGGCUGAGACCAGACGGAGGAGACGGGGGCAUCCAGAUCCUGCAGGCUCUGCAACAACUGGCUGUCUCCCUCCUGUGGCGCCAUCAGAAGGAAUGGGCCAGGCGGGAGAAGGGGCUCCAGGGAGAGGCCUCCCAGGCCACACAGAGGACUCAGAGGAUGGGGAGGUGCUCUCCUGCUGCCCUGGGCACCCAGCCCCAGGGAGCCUGGCUCUGCAGGUGCUUUGGGGCCUGGCAGCGGUUGGUGAAAAGAGGGGCCCGGUACCGUGACCACAUGGCCAACCGCCGGGCAAGGACCCUGAGGACGUGCCUGCAGCAGUGGAUGCAGAUGAAGUGGCUCCGGGCCUCAGAAAGGGCGAAGGUGACUCAGCUGUCCCUCUGCUGGCAGAAGGCAGGGAACAUGGCACUCUGCAGCUCAGCCCCUGGAGCAGCCACAGACCACGGCCUGGGGGUGGUGGCCCAGGCCCCGGGGCUGCCCCAGGAGCUAGGCCGGGGCUCCCUGCAGGACGCCUGCCCGAGGCUGGCCCUGCACCCUGAACUGCUGCUCUGGAGGACGCGGCUCUUCCAGUGCCAGAGGGCUGAGUACUCCUUCCUCCAGGGCAUGAGGCGGCGGAUACUGCGGCGCAUCCUGAGGAGGUGGCGCUGGAGGGCCUGGGGUCCAGGUACCCCAUCAGGCAGCUCCAGGACUACUUGGGCCCCGGAACUGCUGGGGGGCAUCCCGGGAGGGGAGGCCUCGCUGGACUGCAGCACGCCCCGCAGCUCACUGGAGAAGGCGUCCAGGGCCCCCGCCCCCCUGGAGAGCCUCCGGGAGAGCUUUCUGCUGGCAGCUGGGCGGCGGCAGCAGGGGCGGUGCCUUCUGUUCUGGCAUGCGCGGGCCCAGCAGUCCCGGGGCGCAGCGAGCUGGCACCAGAGCACCCUUCAGAGGCGCAUCCUCCUUGGCUGGAGCCACUGGGCAACAGCCCAAGGGGCCCAGAGAGAGCUGGCUGCCCGCUGGGCCUGGGGUCAGAGCUGCAGGGCCGUGCUGAGCCUGUGGCGGCGGCGGCUGGUGCAGCAGCAGGAUGCGGAGUGGUGGGCCCAGGAGCGGGGCCGGAGACGGGUGCGAGAUGCCCUGCACCACUGGCACUCCUGCUGGCAGAGGCAGCAGUUCCUGCAUGAAAAGUACCAGAGGUGGGUGCAGGUCCACCUCCAGGGCCUGCGGAGGGCCACGUUCUGGCGCUGGCAGCAGGCGGCAGCUCGUCGGAGACGCAUGGUGGCCGGGCCAGAGCAGCACCUACUGCAGAGCCACUUCCAGGCCUGGUGUGGAGGUGUGAGAGACACGGGUACGCUCCGGGCCAAGCAUCGAGCCUUCCAGGAUGGCCUGAGGAGAAGGGCACUGGGGGCGGCAUUUGUCACAUGGCAGGAGGCCCGAGUGGCCGCAGCCCGGGCACGGGAGCAGCAUGUGGCCCGGGCCUCCAUUGUCCACUGGAGAAGCAGCGCGCAGCGAGGCCGGGCAGCCAGGCAGCUGAGGGGGGCCCAGGCCCAGCAGGCCUUCACAGCAUGGCGAGUGGCCCUGGGCCAGCGUCGUGAGGCCCGCCAGCAGGCAGAAGAGCGAGCUCGGGCCCAGGCCCGGGCGGCCCUGUGCUGGACGCUGUGGGUGCGGGAGUCCCGCCUACACCGGGUCAGCAGAACCCACACUGCCCGGAAGCUGAGCGCCAGGGUCCUAGAGGCCUGGGCACAGUCAGCGGCUGGGGGCCUUGUCCAGAGAGCCGCCAUCACCCAGUUCCAGCAGGCUGGGCCCAGGCACCUCCUGCGGACCCACUGGGCCCUGUGGCGGACAGCACUGCUCACAGUGCGGCUGGAACCUGGGGCCAAGGUCCAGGAGGCCAGCAUGGCCCGCCCCAGGCCCAGGGCCGACCUCAGGCACUGCCCCACGCUGGCCAGCAGAGGGCGCCUCCUGGUGCUGAUGGAUGCCUCGGCCCCGCGGAAGCAGGAUCCUGGAGGAGCAGGGCCACGCCCAUGGCUCUGCCCGUUUUCCUGGCCAUGCAGGAGUCAUGAUGCUCUUGGCCUUCAGGACACACACCAGGGCCUCUCCCCCCAGGCGGAAAUACCUGCAACGCUGGCACCUUGAGGCACUGCUUCGCCGGCUCCAGGGUACCCAGCAGGCCAGGCACCUGGCAGUGACGUGGCAGCGUUGGGUAGAUGCUCAGGGGGCAAAGCAGCUGGCUCGGACACUGCUCAGGCAGUGGCAUCUGAGAUGGGCCUGGCGAACGUGGCGGAGGCAGGUCCUGCGGCUGUGGGUGGCUCAGCGAUUACAGCAACAAGACGACAGCUGGGUCCUUUCCCAGGAUUCCAGGCCUUUGAGAAGUGGCACCAGCGCUUGGUAGCCAGGGGCCCGAGGAGAGGAGACAGCAGCAGCCUGAGACCCCUGAGCAAGCUGGCCAUCAGGAGCCCUGGGAGCAGGCUGGAAGCUGCCAGGGCCCCCGUGUGUGCUAGACCUGGGGCAGAGCAGGGGCCCAGCUGCAGCUGUGACUGUUCCCAUGGAAAGAAAAACAGAAACUGA